AUAAAUCAGGUCUGGGUAUUUACACUCAGGGGGUACAUGUACAUAAAAUUAUGUCAUUCAUGCAUAUUAGCUGCAAGCCUGAAUAACUUAGAUGCCAUACAUCAUAUACAAAAAUGUUUUAGAUCUGAGCUGCGGGCUGUCAUUGUGAAGCGACGAUUGUCUGACCCAGUGGGCUUUAAGAGCCAGGGGCAUUCUUGGAAUGCCAUGGAUGUCUGUCUCCUUGUACACGGAUAAUAGAGCUUGCUAUUAAACUGGAGAAUCAAUGAGUCUUUGUUGUAGUGAAGCAUUGAUAAAAACAGAAGACAAAAGGAUAUCAUCCCAGUUAUGCAACAAUAAAAAAGUUGUCAUGCAAUACUGCUUUCACUAGUGGUUAAAAGGACAGAAUGUGCAGGGUACCAUAUAAUAUUCAAGGCUGUGUUAAACUAUAAAUAGGAACUGAAUAGAACACAGAAAUAACACUUGGUUGGUCAUUAGAUCAGGUCUUGAGGAGCCAGGUAGGCAGGUCUUGUGAACAAUCAUCAUGGCCCAGGAGUAUCCUGCAGCUUUAGCCACCUUCAUCUUGGUCUUCUUCACAACAGUCGGCUGCAAUCUCAUUAGGUCAUUGACCAAGAGGAUCCUUCGCGAUGAUCCAGUCUGGUACAGCUUUGCUGCUGAACUCAUCUCCACGUUCCAGCUCGUCGCCGGCGUCAUAGAAGGUGAUAUCAUCCUGGAGGAGUACGGCCUCUAUUGCUACGCCCUCUAUCUCUGGAUUCUCUUCGUCUCCGAGAGCCUGACGUUUGACGGUGACUCCACUGCCAACACGUGCAUGGUCUGGCAGUCUAUGCUGAAGCGUGACUAUGGUCCAGCUGUGGCACUGUCGAAGAUUUGCCUUCAGGUGGCUGGGGGCCAACUGGCGUACCCCUACGUGCGCUUCAUGUGGAAGGUGGUACCUACCAAUCGUCACAGGAAGAAGAUCUCCCACCUGCUUCAGAUCUAUUGUGCCUCAGCAUUGAAUGUCUCCAUCCUGGAAGGUUGCUUUGCAGAAGCCUUGGCCACCCUUACCUAUUUCAUUACCCUCAACUUUCAGCCCAAAGGACGGUACAGUGGAAUGUUUUCAGAUGCUGCGAUACAGGUUAUGAUCAUUGUUGCAGGUUUGGAAUGGACCGGAAUGAUGUUCAACCCCGCCUUAGCAGCAGGAAUCACCUUUAACUGUGGCAACCAAAGCCUCCUGGAGCACCUCUUGGUCUACUGGGCCGCACCCCUGGCGACUGUUCCCCUGGCAAGGGCCAUAGCAGGCUCGUUCAACAGGCAAGCACCUGCGACAACAACCAAAGCUGACUGAGGAAGUUGGGACUCUAGGGCCCGUAUUCUGAAGUUGAACUCAGGUUUACAUUAAACCCUGGUUUAAAGUUGUGGUUUAAGUAUGGAUAGCCAGUUGUUUAGCACUAAACAGUAGAGAUAUCAUAUUUCAGCUCAUUUGGCUCUCAAAGCAUUCAUAAUUGUCUUGGAAGUAUACCGGUAAAUAGAUGAUUGUCUUCACCAUCAAUGAAUCAGGAAAGAGCACAGUAAACAUAAGAAACAUAUUACAACUGAAUAAAAUUUUUGACACUUUUGACUUCCCAUAAUUUUAGCAGAGUUAGACCAUGGUCUAUUAAGUUAAACCCGACUUCAGAAUGCGGGCCUUAAAAUGUAAGGAGAUCGAUAGACUUUAUAGUCUAUGCACAAAAGACAGAAGAGGGGAAUGACCACUGGACUCCAACUGCAAAGGGUGUUUACUGAGCAGUGAAUACUAAUGUUCGUGUAGGACUAGGACUGUUGCGAUAUUUUCAUUUAACUAGAUGCUAAACAAGAGUUGGGAGGGGGGCGACGGGGCGUUCACUUGACUUAUAAAAUAUGAGUACCAUGGAUAAAUUGCAAAAUGGUGGCCCUGAAACUAAACAUUUUGUAUUAAAAAAAUCUCCAUAGGGAGUAAAAAAUUCUGAAAUGACUAGGAUUAAAGGACGACGUUCUUCAGGACAAUUUGUUGUGAAAUUAGCAGAAAAAAUAAUAAAAAUUAUUGGUGAAGGCUUGAGGAAAAUCCUUCAAAGAAUAAAAAAGUUAUUAAAAUUCUAUUUUUUUAUAUAACUUCAUAUGGGAGCAGCUUUCCCACAUAUCAUAUGGUAAACAAAAAAAUCAAUGAAAUGUCAUAAUCUCAGAAAAUUAAAAAUGUUUUUCAUUGCACCUUCAGUACAUGUUGACAAAUGAUUUCACACCUGCUCCUGAAAGAAAUAAAGAAAAUGAGUCAUCUCUAACGGUGAGUGAGUCUAACCAUUAAAAAUGUGAAAUUCAAGCAUGUUACUAGCAUAUUAACAUAUGGGGCAGGUGCUGUCACAACAGUGUUGUAUAGUGCCUUGAUGCUCGGCCUUGGCCUUAAGGCGCCUAAGGCCUACUUUUUCAAAGCCUUGGCCUUGAGAGGGCCUUGGCCUUGAGGAUUUCGAGCCUUGAAAUUUCAAGGCAUUUUGUAUUUUGUACUUUCAUUUGUUUUUAUAUAAGUAAAUAUAAAUCUUACGACCCUUAAUACUACCAGUCAGCAGUAGCAGCAACAGUAGUAAGUGUAUUUAGUAGUGCCAUCCAUUGCAAUUAUCAAUAAUUAUCAUCACAUAAUUACGUAUCAAAGAGAAGUGAUGAAAAUUAACAUUAUUUAUUGGUAAUAUGUUGUAAUCAUGACUACUGAUGAUGACAAUAUCAAUAAUAAUGAUAACAAUAUUUAUGAUAAGGAUUAUAGUGAUUUUAUGACAGGAAUAAUUCUGACAGAUCCGACUGCAAUUUUGACAACAAUUUUCAUACUUUAAAAAUAGCUUACUCUAAAGAAUGAUAACAAGGUUGAUUUCUAUUCCAAUAGGGUUUUCUUUGUAUUAUUUUCUUUGACCAAUAAGAAUGUUUUAAGUCUUAAUGAUGUUCUGAAAAGAUUCGGUAAACUUGAACACAAUCUUCAAUUUUGUCAUUUCCAAAUGGGCUAUGUCAAUGGCAUGAUGAGCCAAAAAAUUUGAGGGGCUAAGCAUGGCAUACAGAGCAAAAUUUCUGCCCCCAAAAAGUUGAGAGUGAUUGAAGUGAGCAAGUGAGCAUAAUUUUCACCUGUUUACUAUUAGAAAAGCUAAUUUUGUGAUAUAUUGUGAAGAUAUGUUAAGAUAAUGAUAUCACCACAUUUAAACAUAUUAAACGUAUUACAAAACAAUACAUUUUAGAUUCCAAAAUCACAAAAUUUUGGAUCGCGCUCUCAUAAAUUAUUGUCAAGUAAGGUUCUCAUUCCAUUUACAAAUGGAAUCACAAAUUUUUGAGCUCACGCUUUGCGCUUGCAUUAUUUGAUUGGUGAGGUAUGUAUAUCCUAUUUAUGAGUCACUAAAUGCAGUCCAGAACAGCUUCCGUUUCUGGUCAGUAAAACUUUCAGCUCGCGCUCGCGUUAAUUCUUUAGUAAGAUGCAAAUCUUUUUCAUGAUUACAAAAACAGCUCGGAAUAUUUAAAUUUCAUUUCUUAUUACACAAAAUGUCCAGAAGUUUGAGCUCGUGGUUCAUGCUGGCAACAUCUCGCAAGGAUGCCCUUUUAACAGUGAUUAGCACCAUAAUUGACCAAAAAUCGAGUUUUUACAACUUCAGAAUCGAUUUUUUUUUUUCAAAACCGCUUGCUCGCUACGCUUUCUAGCGGAAAAUUAAAGCCUAAUUCAAAAUAUCUGUCUUAUCAAUUAGAAAUCACUUAAAAAAGGCUUUGCUGAAUUUAAUUUCUACAAAACACACAACUUCUUCCACAGUUUAUAAUCUCAUUUUGAAAAUAUCUGUUUGCACCAAAAUGCUCAUUUUUACUUAUACUGUAAGUGCAUUUUUUGGCUUUGACCCCCCCCCAAAAAAAAACAAAAAUACAUUCUGCCUCUCCUAUCCCAGGGAAUGGAGAAAGACAUACAUUGAGAAUGGGCAUGCCAGGAUCAGAUCACCUUGGUAAUAAUAAUUAUUGCAAUGUGAAUUGCCUAGAAAAAUAAUUAAAUGUACAAAGGUAACUAUGUAUUUAUUUUAAUAUUAUGUCUAAAUCUACAUGAUCUAUCAUGAAAUUAUUUUUGUUUUAAAUGUACAAAUUUCAAAAUGUUUGCUCGCUCACACCUUUUAUACAUUUUGUCCGGUGUGUCAUGUCUGCCACCUAAGCAUUGUUGUCUACUCUCAUUGUUCCAUAUAUUGAAAGAUUGAAAUGCCUUGGCCUUGGCCUUGAGGUUUUAAUGCCUUGGCCUCGGCCUUGGGUAUUGAAGCCUUGGCCUUGGGUAUUAAAGCCUUGGCCUUGGAGGUUUGAGCCUUGACUACAACACUGUGUCACAAAUCAAAAUUUUUUAUUUCUAAUAACUUUCUUUAUCUUUGAUGGAUUUUUCUCUACCCUUCACCAAUAAUUUUAUGUUUUUCUGCCAUUUUUACAAUAAAAUUGAACUUCCCCUUAGUUUUUUAUUGUUGCUGAUUGCUGAAGGUACACAUUGUUUUGGAAUGUUUACAUCUUAAGAAAUUGGCAUUUUCGACCUGUUUUGCAACUUUUCAUGAGCCUUAAUGAAAUCCCAAAUUUGUUAGUUUAUACCCCUGUAUGGGGAUACUGUUUUCAGCUAAUUUGCAAAACUUUUUUGCAAUUGAAGCUCAUAACUAAAUAAAAAUAUUUCUGUCAAGAGCAGUUGUAACAUAUAUAAAAUAUGUAAUGUAUAAGUUUAAUUGGUCCAACAAUAUCCUCACAUGGGGAUUCGUUUCAUGCAAAAGAAUUGCAGUUGUGUACAAGGACAUAUGAAAAAUGUAAAUGAAAAAAAAAAUGGGUAGUCAAGUUAGAAGUAUGAGAACAAGCCCUCAACAAUGUAAGUUUCAUCCUAAAUAUUAUUAUUUCUUGAAAGCAGGCCAGUAUUUUACCAGCUGGAGACAGGGUUGUUCAGAAGUCAUGUUACUUUAAUAUAGAUAUUGAAAUUAAACCAGAAAAAAAAACCAGAUUAUAUGUUUCUUUAAAACUAUUAUUAGAAUUGGUAUUUCACAACUGUUAUAAUGCCAUAGCUGUGUAAUUGUCAUUAUUGGUGGGAAUAUGAUUUCACAGAUAGAAAAUUAAAUGGUAUUGGAAAUGAA